AUGAGAGAUGAAGGAAGUAGAGUAAAGAAAAACAGAGCUGAAGGGUCAUCCGGUAUGACACAGAUGAGCAGCAUAGGUGGUAGUCAGAGUCACCACAAUGGAAAGGCCAGAGGUAGUAGGAAGGCAGGCCUAAAACAUAAAGUUACAGAAUUCAGGCAAGGGUAUGGCUCUAGCAGUGGUCAGACUUCAGGAUACAACAGCUCAGGUUCUGGUUCGGGGUCUUCUUUGGUGCCAUGUACACAAUGUGGUAGAAUUCAUUCAAGGACUUGUUUAAUGAGCUCUGGUGGAUGCUUUAGAUCUGGUCAACAAGGUCACUUUGCCAGGGAAUGCCCCAUGUUCAGUAAGCACCUGAUGGGGUCACAGGGUUCUGUUGUAAAUAUUCCCCAAUAG